GAAAAUGUCAAGGGAAGAUGCUGCUGUUAAACAAGAAGAAAACAUUACUCAAACUGUCUGCCAUGAAGAUGGUUUCUGUCCAAAAUCUAGCCAGGAGGAAGAACUUGAAUCAACAAUGGAAGAAAACGAGAGGUUGAAGACGACGAUAAAACAAAUCCAGGAGAAUUACAAAUCUCUUCAACUGCGUUUCUUGGAAAUGCUUCAACAAGGAUCCGCCAUUGAAGGUGCAGAAGAACCCGAACUUGUUUCACUUUCCCUUGGAAGAAGGCCAACUGGUUCCAAAAGAGAUGAUCAGAAGAGGACAAAAACAAGAACCAACAGCAAAACUGAAGCAGAUGAUGAUGAUCAUAACAUCAAUGGUGGUCUAACUCUGGGAUUAGACCCUAAAUUUCUAUUGUCUACUGAAAAUAAUUCAGACUUAACAAAGGAAGAAGAUGAUGAUGCGGGAGAAACAAGGCAGCCAGCGAGCAAAGUUCAGAAGACAACAAAUGGGAAUCCUCAUGAAGAGGAAGCAGGACUUAAAAGCCAAGCAAAGAGAGCUAGGGUUUCUGUAAGAACUAGAUGUGAAGCACUAACGGUUAGUAUAAUGCUUUUGUGUCCUGUAAGAAAACAGGUGCAAAGAAGUGUCGACGAUAUGUCCAUCUUAAUCACAACUUAUGAAUGGAACCACAACCACCCAAUUCCGGAAUCAGCCGCCGCCAUGGCUUCCACCACCGCGGCGGCCGCUUCCAUGCUGUUAUCUGGCUCUUCAGCAUCGCAACCAUUCUCAACUGAACUCAAUGGACUCAGUUUCAGCAGCUGCCUACAUGAUAACUCGAGAUCACCUUCGUUCCCGACGAUCACUCUAGAUCUCACCGGCUCUCCGUCGUCGUUCCUCACCAACUCCCAUACAACACCCAGAUUUCCGUGGACGAAUCUCAACUUUUCUUCCCAACAUGACCAGUUUUACCAGGCGUUAACAAAGGCAAUCACAUCGGACCCAAGCUUCAGAACAUUAAUAUCUGCUGCCAUUUCAAUGGUGGAUCAAAGAGCCGAGAGUUUUGGUCAU